AUGGCAUCUAUCAAGGAAUGGUAUACCGUGGACGACGGUAAUGAAGUCGACGGAAAGAAACAGGUCGUCACUUAUAGACUCUUUGCUGCAUGCGGCUUUCGUGUUGGCUCAGUUGCCAUCAGCAUUUCAGCAUUUAAAUACAGACCUGAGCUUUCUAAGAUGCUUGAACAUUGCACAACCACACGAUCCUAUUUUUUCUGCAUAAAGAAAUGUGGGGCUGAUGACUGCUUUAUUUGUGAGAAGCCGAGACUGUCCAAGGAAGUGUUUAAUGCUCUGCACGUCCUUUCAGAUCCAGAACCAGACGGUCACUACAAACCAUUCCAGGAGGUAUAUGGAACAGACACAAGUGAGAAGUACAGACCAUCUCUCAUAGAGAAAUCUCAGACUGGUCACCAGAUUCCAUUCUCUCCCUCAGCACAGACAGCAAAGACUUGUCGUAUGUUAGUGUAUUGUGUUGACUGUGAGAAGCCAAGGGUAAAAUAUUCAACUACAAAGAAACUGAAAAGGAUGUCCUUAACAGACUUUUAG